AUGAUGUGGAGGACUUUGUUGCGUUCACACGUGCGUUCAUUUGCCUCACGUGCGUCACACUCCCACCAUAACAACCACCGCGAAAAUCACAAGUUCCUAUCGCCGAGCUCCUUUGUUGGAAGCUGGCAAGCUCCGAAAGAUCCUAAGGAAGCCGAAGCAAUGCUUGCUCAGCUUCGGAGAGACUACGCAAAGCAAGUGAAAGAGGUUCGGAAGGAAUACAUAAGAGAAAUGGAGGCUUUGGCGUUGGAGAAGCAACGGAAGGAUGAGGCUCGGCGGGAAUCGCUUAGAGUUGCUAAUGAAGAGCGUAAGAAACUUAAGGCUCAGGCUGCAGAACUUAGAGCUCAAGAACGGAACAUUGCUCAACAACAAUUUCGAGAAACCCUUUUAAAAGAGAGAGCAGAGAAACUUGAAAAUUGGAGAAUGAAAGCCAAAAAGCAUGAAGAGAAGAAGGCCGAGAAGAAAGAAUUAUUACAUAAACAAAGUUCAUUGUGGGUUGAUGAAGCUGAACUCGAGAAGGAAAUAAUGAAUGUUGUAACUGCUACAACAUAUCUUUGA